UAGACCUUGUGGAUGUGCGAUACAUGAAAAAACCUAGCCGCAUAUGUAGAUGCUAGGUGAUCAAGUGGAAGACUCAAUGACUGGAUAAUCCAGGGGUUGGUUUAGUGCCUGCAUCGCUGGGCUGUGCUAAAUUCAAUUACCAGACUAUGACCGUCUUGUCAUUUGCCUAGCAGCCUACAUGACUUGGCUGCAAGAGGAGAAAACGAUGCACCUGCAAGCUGCAGAGCUGCUGCUAAAGCAGUUCCUGAAGGCCGGAGAUGAGAUAAUCUCAAAAACUUCACCCCAGGAUAGCUUCGUUACCCUGGUCUCUGACUCGCGGUUCGGGCGAGCGCUUGCCAGCUUGCGGUUGCUUGUACGGCACCACCUGCCGCUGCUUGUACGGCAGCUGGAGGCAUGGCGCAAGUCCAGCCAUGCAGCGCUGGCGCGGAUGCCGGAGCGGACGGAGCGGGAGCGCAUGGUUGUGUUUAGCAAGCGGGCUGCCAUGGAGGUGGUUUACUUUGAGGCGGCGCUGCAGCUGCUGGAUGAGUACAGCGACGACUUCCUGAAGAGCCCCGAGUUCGUGUCGUACUAUGACGGCCUGCAGCAGACCGCUGUGAGCCUGCUGCUGAUCAGCGACGAGCAGUUCCCGCCCGAGCUGGCCUCGCUGUACCGGCUGGUGGUGGGGGUGGUGGCGCGGGUGCUGGGGGCGGUCAGCCGCAAGAUAUCGCUCAGCCACGUCGUGGAGCCCUUCCUAAAGGCCCUGGCGGAGCGGAUUAACCCGCGGAAGGAUCCCUCGGGCGGUAAACCCAACUAUGAUGCUCUCAGGGCGCAGAUUGUGCGUCUGGCCAACGGCAUGCGCCACGUGGUGCUCAGCUUCGACAGCGAGGAGGCGGUGCGGGAGGCGGUGGACUUCCUGCGCAGGGCGCACCCGCUGGCGCACACGGCACCUGUCAAGAAGAGCCAGAUCCACCACGCCCUAGCCGACAUGCUGACCAACAUCCUGCUGCCGCUGGUGCGCUCAGACGCGCCGCAGCGGGCCGCAGCCAGCCUGGGUCCCGCGGCGCUGGAGCAGUGGUACGGCAUCGUGCUGUCCACCCGCAACGACAUCACGUCAUGGAUGAACAAGCACCAGAAGCAUGUCAAUGACGGCUACCCGCUGGCCACCACCCUCAUCUGCCUGGCUAGCGACCGGGACUACUCGGCGCACAUCGACCUCACCGCGGACUUCCUGCACAAGGGGCUCAAGGUGAAGGAGAACCGCUGCGUGUGCGUGCGGUGCCUGGUGGUGCUCGCCUGCUCCUACCUGGUGCGCUACGGCGCGCACAUCAUCAAGCACGAGCUGCACAAGUGGUUGGACCGGGUGCUCAAGCCGGUGACGGCGCUGGCCAAGAAGGGCGGGCUCACCAUUGCGGAGCAGCUGGACGUGAUCGCGCCCAUUGCUGAGCUGUCCCCCGAGUUCGCGGUGCAGUACCUGGUGCUGGAGCUGCUGACGUCGGACACACCGGACUGCCUGCAGGCGGGGCUGCGGGCGCUGCAGGCUCUGAUCCUGACAGCUCCGGCCGUGGCGGCUUCAGCGGCAGCAGCCGGCAUCCCCGUGGGGUCGCCCGGACCGCCGCAGCACCACCACCAACGCAGCUCUUCUGGAGUUCCCGGCAUGGGCCAGGGUGCGGCGGGCAGCGGCGGCUUCCCGGGCACCCCGUACGGCAGUGGUGGGGGUGCGGGCGGCGCGGGCGUGCCCUCCAGCGCCAGCUACUCGGGACUGCAGGCGCUCCUCCGCCGCACGCAGACCGCCUCCCUAGGCGGGGUGCUGUACGGCGGCGGCAGCAGCGCUCUGGUGGGCGCCACGUCAGCAGGCGGCGCCUCCGCCUCCACCUCGGCCACCUCCGCAGCUGCCACUGCCGCCGCCUUUGCCGCUGUGACGGACCUCCUGCGGCGGGGACUGCACCCGCUGGAGGUGCUGGGGGUGGCGAACCUGCUUCCCAGGAUCAGUGCGGCGCUGUCCAAGCUGCUCGCCUCCUGGCACCCGCUGUACGGCUGCGCGCUCAUGUACGGACCCGUGGAUCCGAACUGGAAGGAGAAGGCGCCAGGCAUGUCGCUGCUGCUGACGCUGGUACGACUGCUGCCGUACCUCAAGCCGGAGACUUGGUCGGGGGUGCGACCGCUGGACCUGCUACCCAGCUACACGUGUCACGUGGAGGGCGCCAUGCGGUCGGUCGCGGUGGAGGCGCUGCAGGCCAUCAUGCGCGGCAGCCCCCACCUGCGCAACCAGCUGCUGUGCGCCUUUGCGGGCUUCACGGCGGGGCUGCCGGACGAGGCGGUGCAGGCUCAGCGCGAGUCCCAGGUGCUGUGGCGCACCCUGAUGGAGCUCUGGGGCGCAAUGCUGGCGGAGCGGGCAGCGGGGGACGCGCUGGAACUGACCCACGGGUCAGUCGAGGCGCUCUCGCUAGACGUACAUCGGCUGGAGGGCUAUGCGCUGGUGUGCCUGACCAGCCAUGACGACAGCGUGCGGCGGGAGGCGCUGCAGGCCCUUGCCCUCAUCCGCUCCCUCCACCGCGCCGUCCUCUCCUCGGAGCCCUACGACCCGCCCCCCUCCCCCAUGAGCCGCAACCCCGCCUCGGCAGCAGCCGCAGCGGGCACCCCCGCUCCCGGGGGGGUGUCCCGCCACCCCAGCAACGGCGGGCUGCCCCUGGCCGGAGGCGGCGGAGGCGCGACGCCUGGGCCUGCGGGACGUGGCAGCCACCACGCGCCCAGUGCCAGUCGGGAGAGCCUGGAUCUGGCUGGGGCGGCGGUGGUGGAGGGGUCGGCGGGGGGGCCGAGGUCUAGCGCCGCGCAUGGCCUGUCCGACUCCGUGGACCCCGACCUGACCUACGUUGCGGACCUGGUUGAGGAGGCGGGGCCGGCCAUGCUGCGCGCCACCUACUGGGACUUCUCGGACGUGUCCGACCUAUGGCGGCAGUACCGACCCGUGCCGGCGGAGGUGGCGUUCGAGGACGUGCUGGCUGCCCCCGCCCGCGCCGGCGACGACGUAUCCCGCGUGCGUCUGGCCCGCUCCCUGCUUGAGCUGCUGGCGCUGGCGGUGCGGCUGUGCCCGCUGUCUGCGGGAGUGGCGGGGUGCGAGCUGAUGGCGAGGCUGGCGCGCAUGCUGGGGCGCAACCCGGAUGGGCGGCUGGUGGUGCUGUCGGAGUACAUGGACACCCCCAAGCGCGACGCCUGGCGCAACUGCAGUGCGGCGGUGUGUGCGGUGCCGGGGGGGCUGCGGGACAAGCUGCUGGAGAGGCUGGGCCGCCGCUCCCUGCCCGUCAGCUCCCGCGACCUCAUCCGGGUGCACCUGGCGCUGCUCACAUCGCCGGCAGCCUCGCAGUCGGGGGCGCCGCCAACCAUACAGCUAUGCAGUGUGCUGUCUCUGGGCCACCUCUCCCCCGACCUGUACGGCGCCCUGCUGGAGGAGCUGCAGCCCUACCUGGAGGAGUUCAUGGGCAGCCGGGGGGUGGGCGGCGGCAGCAGCAGCAGCUCCAAGAGCAAGAGCAAGGGGCGGGACGAGAUGCGGCGCAGCAUAUCACAUGUGUUCAGGAUCCUGGCCGAGCGGGUGCCCCCCGAGGUGCUGGCCUCCAACCCGCAGCUGCGCUCCCGCCUGAUGGAGUUCAUUCGCGACACCUUCGCAUUCCUGCGACCCAACCACCUCAGCUCGGAUGCGUUCUGGGACGCGGUGCAGGUGGCCUACUGCCUCACCAGUGUGGUCCGCAGCUGCGCAGUGCCCCUCCGACCCCUGCUCUCACAGCCCCUGGGCGGCGGGGCAGUGGCGGCAGCAGGCGGGCAGCAGCUGGGGCGUGACUCGCAGGGCAGGGGG